AUGAAGGUCACCAAUGAGUCCGAGUUGGCGACAGCCACACCAACCUUGGAACGUGCUACUGAAUCAACACAAAGGUGGAACACGAAGAACUUGGGAUGGAGACUGGCUGCUGAUGCUGCCGGUGCUGCGUGCGCUGGUGUUUUGGUCGCGCCAGUCAUUUCCAUCAUUGAUCGAUCCAUCAUGGAGAAUGCGUCCGGACGCAGUUCCCUCCUCGACUCGAUCCGUUCCUCUGUUCGAAAUUUCAUCCUGCGACCCGGACCCGCGCUCUUCUCUCGACCCUGUGCCCUCAUCUUCAUUUUGUACGGCGGCACAUAUCUGACAGCCAACGCACUCGACACGGCAACAUCCACCGCCACCAACAAACCCGCUACAGCCAUCUCCUCCGGCCCAGGUAAAUUUGCUGCCUCAUCGGCCGCCAACGUCGGCCUAUGCAUGUACAAGGACCGCUCGUUUGUCCGCAUGUUUGGCCCCGUGGGCGCUCCUCGCGCAGUGCCCUUGCCUUCCUAUGCACUGUUUACCCUGCGCGACUGCUUGACGAUAUUUGCCUCGUUCAAUAUUCCCCCCCUCCUUGCGCCUUAUAUAGAUUCGCGUUUAUCCACCGAGUUCAAGAAGCACCUUUCGGGUCAGACUGCCGCGCAAUUCGUCGCCCCUGCCGCCGUACAGUUCCUUUCUACGCCCCUGCACCUCCUUGGUUUAGACCUAUACAAUCGGCCCGGCCAGUCUCCUGCCGUUUCUUGGCGUGAUCGCUUUCAAAUUGUUCGAUCCAAUUGGCUUAUUAGCUCCGCGGCCAGAGUGUGUCGCAUCGUUCCGGCUUUCGGUGUUGGGGGUGUAGUCAACUUCAAGGUUCGGCACAGCUUGAUGACAAAGUUGGAAUAA